ACAGCCAGCAGCAGUCACCUGUCACUGCUGCUGCUCUCCUCUCGCGCGUGCACAGGCGUACACUCACUUCCCUCCUCUCUGAGGUGUACAGCGCUCUGUUACUUGUGUCUCGGAAUGCCGUGUGAUCGAUCCGCCGGCCACCGGUCGACAUGCGCCGCAUGGGGAGCAGGAGUGCUUUUAGCUGCUGCGGCUGUUGCUCCACGGGCUGUUGGUUUUCGAGCAACCGCCGUGCCGCCAACACGCUUGACAGACUGCAGGAGCCACGGCGGCGGGGUUGGCCAUGAAAAAGGUUUCCCGAAGCGACAGCAUGCUUUAUGGGCGUCUGCAAGGGCUUGGCGCGGAAGAGAUCGAUGGGUACUGAGAAGCAGCCAGGCAGAAAGCCUUGGGAAGGAGGAGGCAGGGGCGGUAGGGGGCAUCACUAGCGACGAGGCCAACAACUGGGGCAUGGACGACAGCAUUGACGUCAACGCGAUACGCAUGAAGCUGAUGGAGAAGGCGGGGUACACCAAGCGAGCGGACUCCGACGCCGGCGAGGAGUGGAUCACGGUAGACGAGGACGGCACGGAUGAAACCAUGGACAGAAUGAAAGACGCGGUCGCAGAGUCUCUCCGCAACGAAUUGCUGGGACAAGAUUCGUUGAAUGAAGCCGACGCGUCCGCUCUUGUGGAAGAGGUCCUUCAAGACACGGACCUCGCCAAGUUCUUCGACGAAGAGUUCCAAAAGGGAACCUCCGCAUUGAGGGAGCUGGCGGAGGAGCUCAAGACAGACGAGGGAGCCGUUUCCUAUGCUGACAGGAUGGCUCAGGAGCUGGCCGAGCUGCUCCAGGCCGAAGAAGACAAGGCUGCCGCGGAGAUCGAGAGGCGACAGGCACCGGUCAAGGCGAAGCUCGACAAGGCCACAGCCGAGCUGGAGGAAGCAGUGGCUGCCGCCGAGGAGGCGCGGCGAGAGUUCGAGGGGGAUUUCGUGCUGCAGCUCAUGAGCUUUCGCCAGAAGGGGGUGUUGCGGCAGGCCGCGUUCGUCGGUGCGGUUUUGAUCGCAAAUCAGGCGGUGUAUCAGGCGAUUUUGGUGGCGGAUGACAGGGGAGGAAACCCUACGUUCGCCUUGGGGGGGCUGGCAGCGUCGGCUGCGCUGGUGUGGUAUUACGGGUACAGACCACUCAAGCGUUAGAUGGCCGUGCUGGUUUAUGUUUACUUGUUGACCGUCGAAUUCUUACAAGCGACUGCUGUUUUGCGACGAUAGCAAUCUUUUCGUGCGGCCCAUGCUGGCGGAGAGGCGGCACUUCAUUCUAGGCCGCGUUCUGGAUAUCGGGGGUACAUACAAGAAUCAGAUCUCGCCAGAGGCGGCGAAUUUCGUGUUCGUGUCGCUUAGACAAAAGCCCACGAGGGUUUCGACGCUAUUUUCAUAAAUACUUAGUAUGUCCGUAUAGAGAGACGGUGGGACCCAGGUAGUGAUAAUGAUGCGUGGAAAAUCCGCGCAAUCUUCUUACGCAGCAACAAAAUAUACAAUGAUUUUCUGGGGGUCGUGCGCUGACAGCAGUAUGGGUUACCCACCGAGUGUUGCACUCAACGGGGAGUACAUGUAUACCAAGUGCUUCAUAUAUUCUCGUAGGCAGGUCAUGGCCCUGUUUUUCAGUCAUGUUUUUGUAACCCGCAUAACUCGGGGCGCUGUAAGCACAACGCCGUAGAACAUCCGAGCGAAUGCCCCAACGCGAUCGCCCCUCCCAUCGAGACAAAGCACAUGAUUGAGAUAUGCUAGAAAUGCUUGCUGGCUAGCCGGAACCUUGUGAACGACUUGAUGUUU